AACGCGUCGGAGCUGCGGGCGCUGUCGCAGCGUAUAGAGCAGGAGCCGUGCGACGGCCGCACCGCAGACGUCGUGGCGGCGCUGCUCGCCAGCACGUUCGAGGGUCUCGGCGGCAGUCCGGCAGACCCCGCUGUGGGUGAUGUGGCGGCGGAGGCAGCUGCACGUCGCUUUUUCUCUGCAGCAGCAGCAAUAGAAACUCUGUCACACGAUGCGCCUCCGGCAGAGAAGCACGACGUCGCCGGUGGCAACGAGAAGUGUGCGUCUGUCGCCGAGGACAUGGAGUCUGCCGGGGAGGAGAAUGAAGAUGAUGGUAUGGAAGGUAGCGAGGAAGAGGAGGAGUCGGGCGAUGGCGUUGAUGUAGAGUUCUGGCGCCGCUUGUGCAGUUGA